AUGCAAAAAGAAUCACAAGUCGUCGAGAUCCGACCAGAUGACAUCGUGCUCGAGGAGGAAAUCGGUCGCGGCUCCUUUGCCAAGUCCUUCACCGAGCAGGUCCUGCAAGCCUUUCGAGAGGAGAUUGCCGUUAUGAGCCAGAUUCAUCACCCUAAUCUUGUGCUUUUCAUGGGGGCCUGCACGAUCCCGGGUAAGCUGAUGAUCGUAACCGAGCUCAUGCCGCGUAACUUGGAAAGCGUUUUCCUCGGCAAAGCCGGCAAACACAAGCGAGUAGCGCUCGUCCAGAAGCUCAAGAUGGCCAAGGACGCCGCUCUCGGUAUGAACUGGCUGCACAAGUCGACACCGAUGUUCAUUCACCGGGACUUCAAGUUGUCCAAUUUGCUGGUGGACGAGAACUACAACGUCAAGGUGUGCGAUUUCGGCCUCACCAAGAUGAAGCAGGCCAACGACAAUCUCCACGACACCAAGGGCUCACCACUCUACAUGGCACCUGAGGUGUUCACGGGUUCGUACAGCGAGAAGUGCGAUGUGUAUAGCUUCGGACUGAGCUUUUGGGAGAUCAUCAACGAGCGGCGAGUGUUCCCCCGGUACGAGAACAACCUGAACGCCCUCAUCAAGUCGCGAUGCGAAAACUACGAGACGCCACCCAUUACCGACGACAUGCUGCCCCGCCUCGUGACUCUCCUCGAGCGAUGCUGGGACAAGAACCCCCGGCAGCGACCACCGUUUGACGUGGUCGUGAAGGAGCUCGAGGAAAUCAUCAUCGAGCAGUGCAUCACCGACGAGCGCGGGCGGGAGGUGUGGAAAAAGGCGUCCAAGGGCGAAGACAAGAUGACGUGGGACGAGUUUGCUCGGGCCGUGUGCAUCAGCGUAGGGAAGGUGGCCCUCCCCGAGAGCUAUCGAUCCGACCGACAGAUGCAAUGCCUCAAGGUGCUACUAUGUCGACAAUCGGAGCCCAACACAGUGCACGCGGAAAAGUUCGGCAAGGUGCUGGCGUGGUUCGGACCCUUCUCCGAGGGCCGCGACGCGCAUAACCGAGGCCGAACCUUCCUCGACCGAAUCGAGGAAACGCUCUCGAUGAAGUGGUUCCACGGGGAGAUCUCCACACAGGACGCCGAGGAGCGGCUGGACAAUCGACGGCCCGGCACGUUCCUGGUGCGCUUCAGCUCGAGCGAGAAGGGCGCCUUCACCGUGUCCGGUGUCGACCGAGACCGCAAGAAGAGCCACCAGCGGGUCAUCUACCACCCCAACAAGGGGCUCUACGUAAUGCCCGACGACACGGUCUAUACGUCGUUGGUCGACGCCAUCAACGACCUGUGCCGCUCGUCCAAGCUGCGCAAUCCCUGCCCCGGGUCGCGGUAUGCUAAGUAUUUCUCCGAGGAGCCGCAGCCGACGUCCAAGAACAUCGCGCUGGUCAAGGAGGAGAUCAAGCAGCUGCAGCUCAUCCACCUCAACGAGAUCUGCGAGGUGCCCGACAAGGACACCUCGCUCGACACCACCAUCGACACCGCGUCGGGCAAUCGGCCCUGGAGCGGCGGCGGCCACCACCCGAGUUACUUUCACUCGGGCAACAAGCGCAGCCCGUUCCACACCGGCAACAUGAGCUUCCACUCCAGCAGCGGCAUCUGGGGAAAUAGCAGCAUGCACGGCGGCGGAGGCGGAGGCGGCGACAGCGAUAGCAGCGAAGACUCGAUUCGCAUCGCGCCCUACAUCCCACCGAUCCCGCCGGCGCACAACUCGGGCGGCAGCGGCGGCGGUGGAAUGCCGUCGCCGUAUCACGCCGGCGGACCGGGCGGACACCACUCGUCGGGGCCGUCGCAGUCGUCGGCCUCGAUCCAGGCGGCACUGGCCGCCAACAAGGCCGCGUCGUCGGCCGCCACGGCCAUGGCCUACCGCCAGUCGCCCUACACCCACGCCAGCACCCACACCAGCAAGUACCCCAACCUCAACUACUCUCCGCACCCGCUCAACUCGGCCGAGAUCUACCACUCGGCGCCCAUGACCGGCAUGAAGAACAACACGAGCUCCUCCUUCUCCUUCUCCCAAUUCGCGUCGACCAAGCACCCGUUCCGCAGCAAGGACGUGCUCACGGCGCCGCUCAAGAGCGAGGAGAAGAAGCGCGGCAUCUUCAGCCGCCUCAAGCGCGGCGUGACGGGCAACAAGGACAAGGACCGCGACCGUGACCGCGAUCGCGACCGCGACGACGGCAGCGACAUGAGCGACAGCAGCAUGGCCAGCACGUGGAGCGCCACCAAGUCCGGCGGCAAGUUCAACUCGGGCAAGCUCAACAACAACAACAGCGGCGGCAAGAAGUCCGGCAAGAAGGAGAAGAAGAACAGCCUCAACAAGAAGGGCCACGGGCGGGACCGGGACCGGGACCACCACCACCACAAAGACGACAAAGACUUUGCCUUCCACAGCGAGGACCACAGCUACCAUCACCGAAGCGGCGGCGGCGGCGGCGACGGCGGCGGGACGUCGGACGACGACUCGCCGAUGUACGCGCCCUACGUCGCGGCGGCAGCGCCCACCGACUCAACGUCGGCCUCGACCAACUCGAUCCCGGCCCACGUGCUGUGCACCCUGCAGAAGGCCGAGGACGAGCGUAUGCGCAAGCGGCUCCACGGCAACUACGACUCGGACUCGUCGACCGAGGACCUCUUCCCGCCCUACCAGCCCUCGUCGUCGACGUCGGCCUCCUCGUCCUACAUCAAGCGCACCAUCGAGGAGAAGUCGCGACACCUCCACCACCUCGUCGGCGGCAAGGAGAUGCAGGAGCAGGAGGAGCAGGACGACCACAACGACGAUCGCGAUGGCGCAGAAGAGCAAGAUGAGGAGGAGGAGGAGGAAGAUGGAAGCGACGACGACAGUGAUGACAGCGACGACGACGACGAGAGUGAGAGCGAUAGCGAGGACGAUGAAGAGGAGGAGGAAGAAAAGAAGAAGUCGAAGGCGAAGGAGAGCAGUCGCGCGCGGAAGGAGGACAAGAAGCGGCGACGACACGAGAAGGCGGUCGCCGCCGAAAAGAAGCAGCUGAAGGCCGAGAGGGCGGAGCGACGCAAGGAGCGCGCCGCGAAGGAGAGCGCCGCCACGACGAUCACCACGGCUGCCGCCCCCAGCAGAGAGAAGAGGCGGACCAAGCAGCCCCACAUCCCGGUCGCGAUCAUCACCAGGCCGGCGCCGGCGGCGUCGAGCGCGCCGGUAUCGCUGGCGGCGACGGCCCCGCCCGGCCUGAUGGAGGCCGCCCUGCUCAACGCACCGCGGGCGCGACGCGAGCGCAAGCAGCCCAGCGAGCACCGCAGCUCCGGCAGCUCGCGCAAGGUCGACGGCAACAGCAACGGCAGCAGCAGCAGCAAGAGCGAGGAGCCGGAGGGCGUGCGGCUCGACCAGCUGGUCGCCAAGACGUCGACCUCGCCCUCGUCGUCGACGACGCUGGCGAUGGGCGGCCUCGGCGUGGCCAAGCACAAGAAGGAGAAGAAGGGACAAGGAGUACAAGGAGGAGGAGGAGGAGGAUCGUCGAGCGACGAGGCCGAGGCGGUGACAGCAACGUCGUCGUCAUCGUCGUCAUCGACGAAGAAGGAGAAGAAGUCCAAGAAGGAGAAGAGCAGCGGCGGCAAGGGCGUGGAGGAGGCCUUGCAGCGAAGACAGCCCCGGGCCGCGGUAUCGCAGCAGCGAUCGCCGACGUCGGCGAGCAGCGACAUGACCGGCGGCGAGGAGGACGAGACGAGCGAGAAGGAGCAGAACGAUCCGCAGGGCAAGAAGAAGAAGAACAAGGACGAGGAGCGCACCGUCAUCGCCGUCUUCUGA